AUGGCCGAGAAACCAGAUGUCGUCGUCUCUAUAGAUCUGGGCACAACCUUCACAGGUGGUCACCCUUUCCUCUCCAGGCUCAAUGAUGUUAUCAACGACUGGCCCGGCAGCGGUGAUCGAGGCGAGCGCAAGGUCCCAACGACGCUGGUAUACAAUGCCGACGACACGCUCUCAUCAUGGGGCUUCAUGUGCACCGACGACAAUGAGACCUUGCCUGGCAAAACGCGCCGCGAGUUCUUCAAGAUCUUCAUUGACGGCGCCACCAUCGCCGCUGCCCAGCGGCAGGGCCUGCUCAAUGCCCCAAAGAGCACGGCAGAUGCCCAGAGGUAUGCGACUGACUACCUGCGAGAAGUGUACAGCCACAUCAAGGAGACGAUCGAGAUGCAGAUUGGCCGACGGCACUUUGGUGGUGGUUGGGCAAACAUGGCCGUCUCGUUUCUGUUCAGCGUGCCCACAACGUGGACGCGCAUGGAAAUCAUCAACAUUUUCAAGGCCAUCAUACGGGACGCCGGCUUUGGGAUCGAAGGCCCGAAGCACACGGCACAGGUUGACCUGACGGAGGCCGAAGCCGCUGCGGUUGCCACAUUGAAGACGAGCGCCAUCCAGUUCAACGCUGGCAGCUUGUUCCUGACGGUUGACGCCGGGGGCGGCACCACGGACCUUUCCUUGAUGCGCGUCACGUCAACAGACAUGGCGUGUCCACGAAUGUCGCAGGUGUCGGCCGUCAAGGGCGUCGGCAUCGGCUCAACCCUCAUCGACCGGGCGUUUAUCCGCCUCGUCUCUCAGAGGCUCGCAGCGUGGCCCGACGUGCAAAGCCAGCUUCCUACCAAUCUUGCCACUCGCAUGGCACAAAGCCAUCACUUUCGCAUCGUCAAGCACAAGUUUGGCGAAAAGGUAUAUAUGCAGCCCAAGUUCAAAAUACAGGUGGAGGGCGUCUCGCACGACUUCAGUCACCCGGGCAUCGGCAUCGAGAAUGGGCGGAUGGUAUUCACAAUGAAAGAGAUACAAUGCCUUUUUGACGCCCAGUUCGAAGGCGUUAUGAAGAGGGUCACGGAGCAGCUGGACUGGCUGUUAGAGAACGGCUCAUCCGAGCAAGUUAACUUCAUCAUCCUGUCCGGUGGUCUGGGAAGCUCGGCAUACAUCCGCGAGAGGAUGCAGAGACAGCUCAUGGCCGUUCCACAUCCGAACGCGACACACGCGGCAGUGGUGCCCUGCCAGGACCCCCAGCUGGUCGUUGUCAGGGGUCUUCUCCUCGACCACCAGCAAAGAAUGGAGACGGGCAAUCUGUCGGUUCUCGCAACACGCGUCGCUCGAGCGAGCUACGGAGUCGUGGUCAAGGAGGCCUACUCGCCGGCGCAGCACUUCAACGAGGAUGUCAUUGGAGAUCCUUUCGACUCCAAGAAGCCAUGGGCAAUCAACCAGAUUCAGUGGCUCAUACGAAAGGGUGAUCACAUUGACCCAAACCGGCCACUCUUCAAAUCUUUCGAGUUCCACCUUUCAGAAAAGGAUACUACGAGGUGCUGGGACGCAGAAAUCGUCAUCUCCCUUAACGAGGCAUCGGCCCUGCCCAGCAGCCUGAAGCAAGCCGGCGUCACGAAGCUCUGCCAUGUGAGAAGCAACCUCAACGGCGUCCAGCAACACCAACUCAUCCUCAAACGGAAGAAGGGUGCCUUUUUCAGAAAGGGUUCCAAGUUCUACAUCUGCGCGUUCGACAUCCGCGUGAUCGUGGCACCAGCCGACCUCAGAUUUGAGUUGUGGUUCGACGGGCAAAGGUUCUCUGGCAACCACGAGCCCGUGGGAAUUAAAUGGGAUGCUGCUGGGGCUCAGGUGGGGUCCGAGUGA